AUGUCGGAAGAACAAGUGCCCAGCCAAGAACUCUUUUUCCGUUCAUACAAUGAAUCUUCACCAAUUACACUCGUGCUCCUCCACGGCCUCUUUUCUUGCAGCCUCGAGUGGGAGCACGUCGUGCCUCAUCUGAAAGAAUAUCAUGUCAUAGUCCCCGACCUCCCCAAGCAUUCCCAGUCACGAAAUAUUGGCCCAUUCUCACUAGAUUUGGCUGCGAACAGUGUCGCAAAUCUCAUCAAGAAUCAUGCGCACGAUGGAAAAGCCCACGUCAUCGGCCUAUCGCUAGGCGGCUUUGUCACCAUGGAACUCAUACACCGCCAUCCAACCCUUGUCAACUCUGCCUUUGUUACCGGAUCGGCACCCUUUUUGCCUUGGCAAGUCUGGGCGGCAAAGCGACCGAGCUUGCUACACUAUGGUCUAUCGUUUGUGCACUCCACGGGACUCUACGCGUUUAUGGUGUGGAAAGCCGGCCUCAAGAGCCAUGGAGAGUUGUCAAAGGAGAUUGUUGCCAAUAACGACUGGAACUUGGUAAACGACGCAUAUGGGGAACUCGCUGAGUGGCAGCAGGAGGCUGUUAAAAGAGUUGCUGCGCAAGACAAGCGCAUCCUGGUGGCUGGCGGCGAUCAAGGUGAUAACCUUGAGGGCACAAAACAACUGGCUCUCGAACUUCAACGACAGGGAAAUACGGAUGGCAAAAAGAGCUGCGCUUAUGUGGUCAAGGGCGCAACUCAUGCAUGGGAUUUACAGUUUCCAGAACUUUUUGCUGAUGGGAUCAAAGCCUGGAUUGAAGAAAGGUCUUUGCCUAAAGGUUUUGAGAGUCUGCUAUAG